ACCGGGUGCCUACGGUAUCACCAUAAUGCAGCAUCCACACUUUAUCGGUCAUGAAUACCAGGCUAAGCUUCUUAUGAGAAGACCUUCAGAGAGCUGCACAGCCAGACCCCCUCCCCUUGGUCCCCGACUCCCCCUGGAGGAUAAUGUGUUCCUUUCCCCUGAUUUACCUGUUUCCGACCUUUAAUCCUUCCCUGGACUUAAAGGAAUAACUAAACUACAGACAAUGGCAGUCUUGAAAGUUACGUUCACCAAGACCAAGAGGGACAAGCUGGCCCAGGUGCUUUGGAUCCUCAACUGGAUCUCAGUGGUUACAGGGGCCAUCCUGUUCAGCUUAGGGCUCUUCCUCAAGGUGGAGCUCAACAAACGAGGGGAGUUUAUGGCUGAGGGGGAUGUCCAGUACAUGCCCAACAUGCUUAUAGCUGUGGGUCUCAUCGCCUGUGCCAUCAACUUUCUGGGUGGGAAGAUCUGCUACGACUGUGUGGACACGACCAAGUUCUUGCGCUGGAAGCUCAUCAUGCUGCCCUACAUUAUAUGCACCUUCUUCUUCACCUUCAGCGUGCUGCUGGGAGCUCUGAUGUGCUACAGUAUGCACUGGCACCUGGAGGAGACUCUGAACUCGGGGCUGGAACAAGCAAUAAGAUUUUACAAGGACACAGACAUACCAGGACGAUGCUUCCUUAAGCACAGUGUGGACAUGUUGCAGAUACAGUUCCAGUGUUGUGGAAACAAUGGCUUCAAGGACUGGUUUCAAAUCCAGUGGAUAAGUAACCGCUACCUGGAUAUGAACCAAAAAGAUGUAGCUGACCGCUUAAGAAGUAACGUGGAGGGAAAGUUCCUGAUGGACGGAGUUCCCUUCAGCUGCUGCAACAUCAACUCCCCCCGGCCCUGCAUCCAGCAGCAGAUCACCAACAACUCUGCCCACUUCAACUACGAGCACCAGACAGAGGAGCUUAACCUUUGGAGGAAAGGGUGUCGCCAGACGCUGCUGGAGUAUUACACCGACAUUAUUCAGUCCAUUGGCCUCACGGUGCUCAUCACCUGGCUGUUUGAGCUGUCAGUGUUGACAGGCGUGCGUUACCUUCAGACCUCCCUGGAGAACGUGCUGAGACAGGGAGAUCCCGACUCGGAAUCUGACGGCUGGCUGCUGGAAAACAGCUUCAUGGAAACUGCCCGCAUGAACCUGCAUAUCAUCAAGAACCUUGGGAAGAGCAACCAGAUCGACACAGCCGACAACGGAGACCCCAACAUUGAUGUCCCAUCCACCUCCAAGGCUCAUUAUGGGCCAGAAAACAGUUGAACUGUCUCAGAGAACAUCUCACAGGGGUCAUUUAGUCCUUACUUCUUAACAGGAUUGUUUACAUUUGUUAUUUUUUUAUUAAUACACACUGUUUAAAAAAAAAAAAAAAGUUGGCUGUUGUUGUUGAUGUGUGGAUAACAAUUUUCAAAUCUUGAGUCUGUCCCUUGGCUGUUGCUCUGUUGGGUUUUUGUGACCAGAAGUGUAAAGUUUUGGCCGAACUAAGACCAUGCACAGCACCGGGAACCCCAAAUCGCUCAGUCACUUUUCUUUUAGAAAUGCUCCACUUUAACCAGGUAAAUAGCCUCAGCUCUAUGGAAAUUCAGUCUGUUUUAGAAAGCAAACACUCAAAUCCAUCCUUUAGUAGAUGUAUUUGCAAUUUUGCUGAGAGGGCAGUGUGGUAAGUUACCGUUGGUGCUGCCCCUCGGGAGGCUCUGGAUCACUUUGAAACUUAUCUUAGUUGUGGGUCUGAUAUAUCAAGCUAGGGUUAUUCAUCAACCUUUUUCUCUUUAGACAUUGACAAAUGAAUCUAUUAUGCAACGGAGCAUAGGGGAAACUAAACGUGGAGACAGAUAGUUUGGAUAAUUCUGCACUGGAUUCAGUUUGCUGCUUUGUUUUUCUUAGUAAUACUCUGGUCAAAAACUAAGAUUAAUGCUUUAUGAGUGUGAGAAAUUAAACUUACAGAAGAAUGUAUCAUAUAGUUAACUUGAAUCAAUAUAACAAAGUCUUCAAUAAAAUAUUUGGGUUAUUUUUUAAAUAUCAAUACAGCACACCACCUAUAUUUAGACCGGCAUAUACACCUGUUGAAAUCCAUAUCGUAUUCUUUUUACAAAUGAUAUCUUGUUGCCUCUCUUAUGUGGGUUUG